CAGACCUGGCGGGGAGCCCGUCACCGCUGACCCAGUCCCAUCAAGUAAGUGUUGAUGUCUGCCUAGACUUUGGCGCGCGGAGCUCCUGAAAGGAGUUCGAAAAAAGGGAGGACUGCAUUGAGGCCACCCGACAUAUCGUUAGGGAUUUUCAGACUGUUCAUAUAAGCGGGUAGGGAGGGAGGAAUCCGGGUUUUUAAUACUUCUGUGACUGAAUCACGUACAGAAAGUGCGGUGGUCUCCGGGGAGAAGGCCCCUUCACAUGGGCAAGCCCACAACUGCCUAUAACCCGGAAACAAAAGGAGAUUCUGAAAACCGGAAGUGAAGGGCACCUUCCGCCAGCCUAUGCCGCGCCCGGAAGGAAGUAAGCGGUCGGACUCGUUUUCCUUGAACCUUCCCUCCACCCCCUUCUUUUUUCUUCCCCGACUGUACCCUCUGUUCUUUCUUGUGAUCAUCGUCCUCUCACCCUUGCCUUCCCUUUGAAUCUGGCGUUGGCUUUGCUUUUGUCAUUAUUUAUUCGCCUUGCAUCACCACUCAAUUUCUUCGAGGAGCCCUGUCUCCCCUACGGGUCCCCAAGAGGGUCAUUAUUUGUGUCGGAUGAGAAGGCAAAAGGGACCGGAGCCACACCCACCAAUAUAACUGAUUUAGGCGCCAGCCUGGCGCAUGCGCACCACGGCACUUCAGGAGCGGUCCUCAUUUAAAAGCUCCUCUCUAUGGUCCGACCCGGCCUUUGAAUGGACUGCUGAAUUAUGAAGUAUUCCAGAGCCAAUAGCAUAGCAUUACUGCGCUACUCAAUACUUUAUCUCCUGCUAGUUAUUUAAAUUAGACUUUUAAUAUCCUCCCAGCUGCUCUUGAGACACACAUGGUGCAUUGUUGCCAUUCCCCGGAUUGCAUCUUUGAAACCAAGGCCCUUAGUAACUGUUAUCAAACACAAAGGCAGCCUCCAGGAAGCCUUCCUAGAGGGGGAUUCAGCCUAACUGCCCUCUAGCUUUCUCAGCCGUGCUGUAUUUGAAUUCCACCAUGGAGUACCGAAUGGAGUCUUGCUUGGCACAGGUGUUGCAGAAAGAUGUGGGGAAACGACUUCAAGUGGGCCAAGAACUAAUAGACUAUUUCUCAGACAAGCAGAAGUCUGCUGAUCUUGAACAUGAUCAGACGAUGUUAGAUAAGCUUGUGGAUGGACUUGCCACUUCUUGGGUGAACUCUAGUAAUUAUAAGGUCGCACUUCUGGGGAUGGACAUCUUGUCAGCUCUGGUAUCCCGGCUGCAGGAUCGAUUUAAAGCACAAAUCGGCACAGUGCUCCCUAGUCUAAUUGACAGGUUGGGUGAUGCUAAAGAUUCUGUGAGAGAGCAAGACCAAACUCUGCUGCUGAAGAUGAUGGAACAAGCUGCCAGCCCUCAGUAUGUAUGGGACAGAAUGUUAGGAGGGUUCAAACACAAGAAUUUCCGUACCAGAGAAGGUGUUUGUCUCUGCCUUAUUGCAACAUUGAAUGCCUCUGGGGCCCAUACUUUAACGCUAAGUAAGAUUGUGCCACAUAUAUGUAAUUUACUUGGAGAUCCAAAUGGCCAGGUUCGAGACUCAGCAAUAAACAGCUUAGUGGAAAUUUACAGACAUGUAGGAGAACGUGUGAGGGCAGAUCUCAGUAAAAAAGGAUUACCACAGUCUCGGUUAAAUGUAAUUUUUACAAAAUUUGAUGAAGUCCAAAGAUCUGGUAACAUGAUACAGUCUGCAAAUGAUAAAAAUUUUGAUGAUGAAGACUCUGUGGAUGGGAACAGGCCUCCUUCAGCCAGCUCUUCUACAUCUUCAAAGGCCCCCCCAAGCUCACGAAGAAACAUUGCAAUGGGAACCACUCGCCGUAUUGGACCUGUUGCCCUGGGAUCUAAGUCUUCUGCUGCAAAAGAAGGAGCUGGUGCUGUUGAUGAAGAGGACUUCAUUAAAGCAUUUGAUGAUGUACCAGUAGUACAGAUUUAUUCCAGUCGAGAUCUCGAAGAAUCUAUAAAUAAAAUUAGAGAAAUCUUAUCUGAUGACAAACAUGACUGGGAACAGAGAGUAACAGCUUUGAAAAAGAUUCGGUCAUUACUUUUGGCUGGAGCUGCUGAAUAUGAUAAUUUCUUUCAACAUUUACGUUUGUUGGAUGGAGCAUUUAAAUUAUCUGCUAAAGACCUGCGAUCUCAAGUUGUCCGGGAAGCUUGUAUCACGCUGGGGCAUCUGUCAUCAGUCCUGGGAAACAAGUUUGAUCAUGGAGCCGAAGCCAUCAUGCCAACCAUUUUUAAUUUAAUCCCAAACAGUGCCAAAAUCAUGGCCACAUCUGGUGUUGUAGCUGUUAGGUUAAUUAUUCGACAUACACACAUCCCUAGGCUAAUACCUGUCAUAACUAGCAACUGUACGUCCAAAUCUGUCGCAGUUAGAAGGCGCUGUUUUGAAUUUUUAGAUUUGCUUUUACAAGAAUGGCAAACACAUUCACUGGAAAGACACAUAUCAGUAUUAGCAGAAACAAUAAAGAAAGGAAUACAUGAUGCUGAUUCUGAAGCAAGGAUAGAAGCAAGAAAAUGUUACUGGGGUUUCCAUAAUCACUUCAGUAGAGAAGCAGAACAUUUAUACCAUACAUUGGAGUCAUCUUAUCAAAAAGCUCUGCAGUCACAUCUAAAGAACUCAGACAGCAUCGUGUCCUUACCUCAGUCUGAUCGUUCCUCUUCUAGUUCUCAAGAGAGCCUAAACCGUCCACUGUCUGCCAAAAGAAGUCCAACUGGAAGUUCCACAUCUCGAGCUUCUACAGUUAGUACCAAAUCUAUUUCAACAACUGGAUCCCUACAGCGGUCUCGAAGUGACAUUGAUGUGAAUGCAGCAGCUAGUGCCAAAUCCAAAGUCUCAACAGCUGGCUCUACCCCUUUCAGUUCAGCAGCUGCCUUGCCUCCAGGAUCAUAUGCUUCAUUAGAGUCCAGACACAUCAGGGAGGACAUGGAGUACAUAGGCCUUGAACCAGGCCGGAUACGCACACGACGCCAGAGCUCUGGGAGUUCAGUCAGUGUCACUACCACCCCUGAUAACCGUGGCCGAAGCAGAGCUAAAGUGGUUUCACAGUCCCAGCGAUCCAGAUCUGCUAAUCCUGCUGGUGCUGGUAGCCGAUCAAGCUCCCCAGGAAAACUGUUAGGAAGUUCAUAUGGUGGACUCACAGGAGGAUCUGCCAGAGGCACACCUGUGCCCUCAUCCUCAGAUAAACGAAGCAAGAUUCCAAGGAGUCAGGGAUGUAGUCGAGAAACAAGUCCUAGCCGUUUGGGUGGACAAGCACGGAGCAGCCGUAUCCCUCGACCCAGCAUGAGUCAGGGGUGCAGCCGCGAUACCAGCCGUGAGAGCAGCCGAGAUACAAGCCCUGCUCGGGGCUUCCCUCCACUGGAUCGGUUUGGACUUGGGCAGCCGGGAAGGAUGCCUGGUUCUGUCAAUGCUAUGCGAGUUCUAAGCACAAGUACAGAUCUGGAAGCAGCUGUUGCUGAUGCCUUGCUAUUAGGAGACUCCAGGAGCAAGAAAAAGCCAGUGAGGAGAAGAUAUGAACCAUAUGGGAUGUAUUCUGAUGAUGAUGCUAACAGUGAUGCAUCAAGUGUUUGCUCUGAGCGUUCUUAUGGCUCCAGAAAUGGUGGAAUUCCCCACUAUCUACGACAAACUGAAGAUGUAGCAGAAGUUCUAAACCACUGUGCUAGUUCAAACUGGUCUGAAAGAAAAGAAGGACUUCUUGGACUACAGAAUUUACUGAAGAGCCAGAGAACACUUAGUCGAGUUGAAUUAAAAAGGCUAUGUGAGAUCUUCACUCGAAUGUUUGCUGACCCUCACAGCAAGGUUUUCAGCAUGUUCUUGGAGACUCUAGUGGACUUUAUAAUAAUCCAUAAAGAUGACUUGCAAGACUGGCUUUUUGUUCUUCUUACACAAUUACUUAAGAAAAUGGGAGCAGAUUUACUUGGAUCUGUACAAGCAAAAGUUCAAAAAGCUCUAGAUGUAACAAGGGAUUCCUUUCCCUUUGAUCAGCAGUUUAACAUUUUGAUGAGAUUCAUUGUGGAUCAGACACAAACGCCAAACCUUAAGGUCAAGGUUGCAAUUCUGAAAUACAUUGAGUCUCUGGCCAGGCAGAUGGAUCCAACAGACUUUGUAAACUCUAGCGAGACAAGGCUUGCUGUUUCAAGAAUUAUAACCUGGACAACAGAACCAAAGAGUUCAGAUGUGAGAAAGGCAGCACAAAUCGUGCUGAUUUCUCUGUUUGAACUGAACACUCCAGAGUUUACCAUGUUACUUGGUGCCUUGCCAAAAACAUUCCAAGAUGGUGCCACCAAACUCCUACAUAACCACCUGAAGAAUUCCAGUAAUACGAGUGUGGGCUCUCCAAGCAAUACUAUUGGUCGAACUCCUUCAAGACAUACCAGUAGCAGAACCAGCCCCUUGACUUCACCUACCAAUUGUUCCCAUGGUGGUCUGUCACCAAGUCGGUUCUGGGGUUGGAGUGCCGAUGGGCUGUCGAAGCACCCACCUCCCCUUUCUCAGCCUAACUCCAUCCCCACAGCUCCUUCCCACAAGACUUUCAGGCGUUCUUACUCUCCCAGCAUGCUGGACUAUGACACAGAGAACUUGAACUCAGAUGAAAUCUACAGCUCUCUACGUGGAGUAACAGAAGCCAUAGAAAAAUUUAGCUUCCGGAGCCAGGAGGAUCUGAAUGAGCCUAUUAAACGGGAUGGCAAAAAAGACUGUGAUAUUGUUUCAAGAGAUGGUGGGAUAGCUUCACCUGCCACUGAUCUUCGAGGAGGAAGUGAUGUGGUAGAAGGAGGAAGGACAGCUCUUGAUAACAAAACUUCACUCCUCAACACCCAGCCUCCACGAGCCUUCACAGGGCCCCGAGCUCGAGACUACAAUCCCUAUCCUUAUUCUGAUACAAUCAACACCUAUGAUAAGACAGCUCUGAAAGAAGCUGUAUUUGAUGAUGACAUGGAUCAACUUCGUGAUGUACCCAUUGAUCAUUCUGAUUUGGUAGCUGAUCUUCUGAAAGAAUUAUCUAAUCACAAUGAACGAGUAGAAGAAAGGAAAGGAGCCUUAUUAGAAUUACUUAAGAUCACCCGAGAAGAUAACCUAGGAGUUUGGGAAGAACAUUUCAAAACAAUUUUGCUCUUGCUGCUAGAAACACUAGGAGACAAAGAUCAUUCAAUACGGGCAUUGGCAUUGAGAGUGUUACGGGAAAUUUUGAGAAACCAACCAGCAAGAUUUAAAAACUAUGCUGAACUGACAAUCAUGAAAACACUGGAAGCACAUAAAGAUUCCCACAAAGAGGUUGUGAGAGCUGCAGAGGAAGCUGCUUCUACAUUGGCCAGUUCUAUACAUCCUGAGCAGUGUAUCAAAGUGCUUUGCCCAAUCAUCCAGACUGCUGACUACCCUAUCAAUCUAGCUGCCAUUAAGAUGCAGACCAAAGUUAUUGAGAGGAUUUCCAAGGAAUCCUUGCACCAGCUCCUCCCUGACAUAAUCCCAGGCUUGUUACAGGGCUAUGACAACACUGAAAGUAGCGUUCGUAAGGCCAGUGUGUUUUGCUUAGUGGCAAUAUAUUCUGUAAUUGGAGAAGAACUGAAGCCUCACCUUGCACAGCUCACAGGGAGCAAGAUGAAGCUAUUAAAUUUGUAUAUAAAGAGGGCCCAAACCACCAAUAGCAACAGCAGUUCAUCAUCAGAUGUUUCAACGCACAGUUAAUGGAAAUAUCUGGACUUAUUUGUGUAGACUUAGAAGCAAUCAGUGGUGCCUCUCUGAGACCUUUCUUCUCCCCUUUUCUUCAUUGGCACGCCCAAUCAGUACAAGGAGGCCACACAGAUAUUUAUUGCAAUCAGUAUUUUGGUCCUUUCAAGCUUUUGUGUAGAAUCUUAUUGGUAUUGAAUGUAAAGGAAGCAAGGCCUGUGUUGCAGUCUUCAUACAAAAAAAAAAAAAAGAGGAAAAAAAAACAGCCAUAAUAUGUUUGUGCAGCCUGCUGAAAUCUUUAAAAGGGGGUUUAGAUCACAGUGUUAUAACAAUGAACCCCUCUUGGUUAAACUAAAGUGAUUAAUUUGUUUUAAGUUAAGUUGAUACAGACUUGAGGUUUUAGGAUCGUGUCAAUUUCUUCAUAAUAUUUUGUUUCAUUAUGGGUGUGACCCUUGGCUGGAUUCUGCGCCUUUCACAAAGGAAACAAUGAAAGUGGUAUGGUGUGUGUAUUUAAGUUGUUGUUUGAAUCCUGCUGAAAUGUGAAUUAUGUUUUAGAAAACACUUAAAAUUAAAAACAGCCUUUUACCCUGUUAACUGCUAAACACCCCGAAGGUUUUCAUUUUCAGUCUUUUAGCUGUAUAUAACACGCUCUAGCUUUUUAGUGUAGAUUCUGAAAACUGAUGACUCUUUAGUGUUGACUUCAAGUUAAAGCUUACUUCCUUUAAUUACGAUAUCUGUUUUCAGGGCUUAAAAUUUCUUAACAGCUAUUUUAAAGUUCAUUUGAAUUCAAAAACAAAAGCCAGAGUAAGACAAAAGAAGUCAUUUAGUGAAAUUCUAUUUGCAAGAAUGGUAGGGGAGAUCUUAUUCUCAGGAUCUUUGUAGAAACAUAAUUUAAAUAUCACCCAUUGAACAAAUUUAGAGACCUUAAAAAUCGAAGAAUGACAACUAAUAUUUGACAUUUUAUUUUUGACUUUAGUUUAUCCCAGAGUUUCAAGAUUAAAAUUUUCUCAAUUCAUAGAGUAAUGACAGUUACAGAAUUUUAAAAUUUGACUUUUCUUUUUAGGUAGAAUCAGAGUGUAUAGGGAUAGUAUAGAUCACGACUCAAUAGAUCAUGACUCAGUCAUUUUUCAUUCUCUAAACCAAAAUUAUUUUCUAAUGAUUUGUUGAAAUAAACACUGACAAGAAAAAUUGCAUGUCCAUUAUAGUAUGUGAUAGUGAAAAGGAGGGGAUCCUAAAAUUUAACUCCAAGUAAAAUAAAUUAAUCUUAUAGGAGGUAAAAUUUCAAUUCUCCCUGUUAGCCCUCUCCACAACUUACCUGACUGGUUUAGAAUUCAGAGUAAUAAUAGAAUAGAAGGUGGAAGAAAAUGUGUAACUUUUUCCUUAUUCUACAAUUAUUUUAGAUAUUUUAUUAAGACAUAUAGUAUGCACUGAAAAUGAAUGCACUGUAAUGUCCAUAAACUAAUGCAGCAAGUGUUUUCACACUACAGGAUGGACUUCUAAAGUGUAAUUUAAAUAUGUAGGAAAUACAUAGCUGCUCCUGUUAGAAUUUAGUGGUGAAAAAUAUUCCAUCUGAUUCAUCAACACUUGCCAUUUGCUUGAAAUAAUAAUUUAUUUUAGGAAAGAGCAACAAGGGGAAAACCAAAUUUUCUGAGAAAGAUUUUUACAAUGUUAAUUCUUAUCCUUUUAUAAUAUCUGUCCACUUUAAAGCAUGCUUAUUGAAAAUGAGUGAUAAUGGCUGUCUUAAAUGCGUUAAAUUUUAUCAUUCAUCUAAAAAAAAUUUCAGUGACAGACAAAUGUGAUUGAAUAUAAUUGGCAUAUUUGGGGCUGCAAAAUAUGAGACCAGGCCUUACUUUCUUGAUCAAAUAAUAUUUUGUUUGUUGACAGAUAUUCAUUAAUGUGAUUUUUCUUUCACUACACAAGUCAGUCAAAGAUUCUCUGCUGUAGAAUGUGUUGCACCAUAGAGAAACAUUCUGAUUAGAUUAUUUAUCAAUUCAUUUAAAUAUAAUGUAUAUAGUAAGUUUCCCUUUCCCUCCCUUCCCUUAUUCCCUUAAAGAGUCCUGCAUCCCCUCUGUCAUUUAGUUGGGAAGUAUCUUGAAUGUUGCCUAAUUUCCUUGUAGUACUCAAAGGGCUAGCCAUGAACUUGCAUAACCUUCAAUCUCUUUAACUUACCAAAAAGAGAGAAUGUACAAUCAAUUGUCAGCAUACAUCAAAGUCUCUUGGCUUACAGAUCUGGAAACUCUGAUAUACACCAUGGAGAGCAAAUCUGCAUGCUGCCCAUCACAUCAUCCUGAAGGUGAGAACAGAGCCUGGCUGCCCCAGCCAAAUUUCAACAACUGUAGCUGCCUUUCCUUGCCUCUUCUGUCCUUUGAGGCACUCGCUUAUUUAAAAAAGAAAGAACAGAACAAGAAAAGAAAGAAAAAUAAUUCAACAGAAACUUUGCCUCCCCUGCUUACCAACUCUGAAUUUUCAAUGCCCUGAAAGAGCCCAUCACCCUCUGGACCUUGGGGUUGCUAUUCAUUGUGCUAUUGACACCACUAAGUUAGGGCAUGGGCAAACCACUUGAUCCAUAUUCCCCAUUCCCCCACCUCCAGGUUUUAAGUACUGUAGUUCUCAUGUAGUGCAGAAGUAUUGAGGCAUGUGGCUUUCUCAAAGUACACCAUGUGUGCUUGGCUGGAUGACAAAUGACAAUAAUACAAGACUGUCUUUUCUAUUGCUUAUUAUUAGCUUCUCAGUAAUCUAUAUAAGUAAUGCAACUUGCAUCUUUGUCAUAUAAAAACUACUUUUCCUUUCCCCAGUACCCAGUACCCUUUAUUUAUCAAGCAUAAUGUUACAUAUUAAAGGACAGCAAAAAGAACGUUGUAGAAUUACGAAUUACAGCCGGACUUUGCUAACAAUAAUGUUUGGAAAUAAAAAGGAAAAGCUAUGAAAAAUGACAACCACCAGAAUGGUUUUGUUUCCAGUGUGUUCACACGCAUGGUUUCCCACAUAUACAUAAAUACAUACACACACACACACACACACACACACACACACUUUUUGCUUUUUGUCAUGUUACAUCCAUAUCUGUAUUUAUAUCUUAAUAUUUGUUUCACUUUUAAGUGUAUCAUGGCAAAUGUACAGAUGUUUUUGUUAACAUUAACGUGAUAGGAUUUGCUAAAAAAAAAAAAGACAAAAAAACCCUUUUGAGUUUGCCCUAGAAUAAAUAAAGCUUACAUUUAA